AUGAAGUUAAGCUUCAGCACCAUUGCAGUUCUCGCUGCACCCAUCGUUGCGCAAAGCACUACUCCUGCGCCUACCACGACAACAACAGACGCCUGGGUCGGCCCACCAUGGGCAACCACCGACAUCGCUAAAUGGUCCUCUGUCUACAACUCGCUCGUAUCAGAAGGCAAAAUUCCAUCCACGUUGACGGCAGCACCAUGGCCAACAGGGAGCUGGGGCCCCGGCUCAGGGCCAUGGGGCGGGCACGGCGGUCCAGGAGGUCCAGGAGGUCCUGGUAGACACUGGGGAGGACCCAACGGCCCUGGCCCCUGGGGCUCGUCAAACUGGGGACCCUGGAGCGACUGGUCUACAAAGUCGGACUGGCGCUCUGGCCCCUGGACCGCCUGGUGGGAUGGCAGCGCGUGUCCGCCUUCAGAAUGGCCUGGCUGGACUGCUGGGCCUUGGAGCACGAGUGCGCCAUGGACGUCUUGGAGUGGCUGCUCGGCGAAAACGACGUCUACGAGUGUGGUCACGACGACGAUUAGUGGGAGUGUCGUCACUACGACGGCGUUUGGACUGCAGGUUGCUGCUGCCCAAGGAACGCCUGUUGGCUCGAGUGCUGGAGGCGUGCCAAUGGUUACUGCGGGGAUGGGCAUGGCAGUUGGGGCGGCGGUGCUAGGGCUUGCUGUUGGGUUGUGA